CGGACAUUAUCGAUCUCUUAGGAAUAUGAAUACCUUACUCGUCACUUUGUUCGCCGUUGUGGCCGCAGUCGCAGCUGCUCCAUCAGGCAUCGGUCUUGGACUUGGACUUGGCCACGGUGUAGGACUUGGACUUGGAGGCGUAGCACUUGGUGGACUUGGACACGGAGGCAUAGGACUUGGCGGUCUUGGACACGGUGCCCUCUUGGCAGGACCAGUCGGACAUGGUGCACUUUUGGCAGGACCUGUAGGACCAGCUGCUUCUAUCGUAGGACCAUCCACCCACGGAGCUGCCGUCGUUGGACCAGUAGCCGGACCAGCUUUGGUUUCUGGACCAGUUAACCAUGGCGCCGCUAUCGUAGGACCAGUGGCUCAUGGUGCUGCUCUUGUGGGACCAGUUGCUCACGGUGCUGCUCUUGUUGGUCCAGCUUUGGCUGGCCCAAUUGGUUUGGGUGUUGGAAUUGGACAUGGCGCUGGUUUGAUCACCAAUGGAGGUGGAGCUAUCGGAGUCAGCGGACAUGGUGCCGUUGUCAAAGGACCACCAACUGCUCCUGUUACCAUCUCUGGACCAGCUGGUGCCGUUCAUGCUGACGGUUUAUGGGGACCAACUCUUGCUGGACUUCAUGGAGCUGCCGGUCAUGGGGGUCAUGGUUGGUAAAUCCAUUACCAAACAAUAGUAUUCCAUUCAAAAUUAUUGUAAACUGUUUUAUAACAUGUUAGUUAAUAGAAAAUUUCACUGGAGAUGUCGAUCUCUUGGAGAGAUUUUUGUUUCUGUUUGUUAUAAAGCAAGUUACGUUCCGGAAAGACUUACCUAUAUACAACAACUACUGCCUCUUCCAUAUGACUAUGAUUUUGUAAAUUGUGUAUAUUUAUUAUAAUUUAUGACUGCAAGUGUAAAGUGUUCAAUAAAGGAUUUAAUUAA